AUGCCUGCCUGUCGCCUGUGCUUGCCGGCUGCAGGCCUUCUUCUGGGGCUGCUGCUGUCCACCCCCCUCCCAGGCGCAGAUGCGGGAACAGAGAAACCGGGUGUGUGCCCCCAGCUCCAAGAGAGUACUGGGUGUGUGGCGGAGUGCUCCUCGGACAGCCAGUGCCUCGGCAGCCUCAAGUGCUGCCAGGCCGGCUGCAGCUUUAUCUGUUCCCUGCCUAAUGAAAAGCAGGGCUCCUGCCCCAGCGUGGACUUCCCCAAGCUCGGCAUCUGUGAGGACCAGUGCCAGGUGGAUAGCCAGUGUCCUGGCAACAUGAAAUGCUGCCGCAACGGCUGUGGGAAGAUGACUUGUGCCACACCCAAACUCUGAGCCGCAGUCACCACCAGCCUGAGGAAUGGGAUGAGAAUGCUUCUGCCUGGCCGUGCAUCUGGCGUCAUUCCCGGGGCCUCCCUUCUCUCUGGUCUUUGUGUUUCUUCCUGGACCUGCAAAAGUAUCUCCCUUUUCUAACCAAUAAAGAGCUCCCUUCCAGCAAUG